UACAUUCAUACAUACAUAUAUGUAUGUUCAUAUGUACGAAUGCAUCACUAUCUCUCGUGAUUACUCUUGACUUAGUUAAAGGUGAUAUUACAAGGCAUUUUAAAAUCAGUUUAGAGCAAAAGGUUUACUUUGCGACAUGGCGUUGAAAUUUGCUGCGAAUUUAAACUUCCUUUUCACUGAAACUGCUGCAGCUAUUUCGGAAAGAAUUCGAUUAGCGCAUCGGCAUGGUUUCCAGGCGGUGGAAAUACCAUAUCCUAGUGGCGAACUUCAGGAAGUCAAGGAGGCCAUCAAUGAGACUGGAAUAUUAAUCAGUCUGAUGAACAUUGCAUUGGAUGGCACAAGGGAAGAGCUAAAGUUCGGAUCUACAAGCAUUCCAGGAGAGGAAAAUAAUUUUAAAACGCAGUUGGAUAAAUCAAUAGCAUAUGCGAAAACUGUUAAUUGCAAAAAAAUUCACUUGAUGGCAGGCACAGUUGAUAGCAAACUGGAAUGUGACCAUUUUAAAACAUAUGUAUCAAACUUAAAGAAAGCAUCUGAUGACUUGCAAUUGAACAACAUGAUUGGAGUAAUAGAACCUAUAAAUAAAUAUGCCAUUCCAUCAUACUUUAUGAACUCUUACGAAAAAGCAUCAAAUGUUUUGAGGGAAAUCAACAGCGAUAAUAUUAAACUAAUGGUGGACAUAUACCAUCUUCAACACAUUUGUGGAAACUUCACUAAGACCUUGGAAAAAAAUAAAAAUGUAAUUGGGCAUUUUCAAAUUGCUCAAGUACCAAAUCGAAAUGAGCCAGAUACGCCAGGUGAAAUAAAUUACGACUAUGUUUUUGAAACACUGAAAAUGUUUGGCUAUAAUGAUUGGAUUGGAUGUGAAUACAAGCCAAAAACGACGACCGUCGAAGGUUUAAAUUGGAUUUCGAAAUACAAUGUUAAAACUUAAGUAUAUUAAAAUAUACAUUUUGAAAAUUA